UGUCGAUCACACGCGCGGCGUUCGCGAUCGAAAGUCCAUCGAAUCCACGGAUCCGUUUCGAUCCUUCUGCAGGAUGUCGACGUACGCUCAGACCUUCGACUUUCUGCCUAUUUCGUCGACGGUUCGACUUCAAUGACACCGGGCUACGCUUUCACCUCUCGGUGCCUCCUCCUAGCUGCGCAAGAAAACGCGCGUUAAAAAAAAAAAUGAAAGCGCCUCGUUGACUCCGAAUUGCUACCAUCUAUCAGCCGUACGCGUAAUCGUGAACCAUUGAUACGGACAAUGAAUCUCGAAAGCGGACUCCGGACGACGCGCGUCGACCCAAAACUUUUGUGAAUCGACGAAGACCGUUUCAGGAGUUACAAGACACCUUGAGACGUGUUAAACGACCGUGCUUUCGAUAUGCCCUGGACGAGGAAAGUAUGAUGAUGUUUUCGUGCUUUCCGCGACCAAGCAUCCUGGGACAGAGGGGUAGCAUAAAACUCACCCCUCUGCCAGGCACGGAAGAUCCGAACGGCGUGAUCGGAGUGAGGAUAAACGGAAACUUGAAGAGCCCGGUGGUGACGAGCUACAAACAAUCUGGGGAGCCGGAUCUAACUCAUGGCGUGAUACGAUCAUUACCUGGCGUCGCGGUGUCCAAUGGGCCCAAGCCAAUCCUAAACUCCACCGGGAAAAGCAAAGCACCGCCCCCGCCUCGACAAGCCAACAAUCAUCUUUCGACUCAUCACGAGAACGAUCAGGAAGAUGUCAGAAACUCCGAAAACUCUGAUCAGCCCACGCACAAUCCCAGGGGCGGUGUCAUCGGCAGGACCCCGACGCCACCCUCCGCCCCAACCCCCGUCUACGAAAAGGAUACGAAAUGCAGACGACAGAUCAAGAAAGCCAUUUUGGAGAACGAGUUCCUUGGAAAUCUCGAGGACAAUCAAGUGGAGGCCCUGGUGUCCGCCAUGUACCCGAAACAAAUACCGCCGAGCACUUUGGUGAUUCGAGAGGGCGAUAUAGGCUCCCAUCUUUACGUUUCGGCGGAGGGGGAGUUCGACAUCUAUCAGGGCAACAAAUUCCAGACGAGUUUCGGACCAGGCGUCGCCUUCGGGGAGAUUGCUUUGCUGUACAACACGAAAAGGCUACGAUCGAUCAGUGUGAAAAAAUUCGGGAAAGUAUGGGUGCUCGACCGAUCCGUCUUCCUCACUAUAAUGAUGAGAACCGCCCAGGAGAGGGUAGAAGGCAACGUCCGGUUCCUUCGACGCGUUUCCGUUCUCCAGAAGCUACCGGAGCCGAAAGAUCACCUGCUCGCGAAGAUUUCGGACCUCAUCCGCGUGGAAUUCUUUCCUGCUGGGGCAAAAAUAGUAAGGCAAGGAGAGAAGGGCGACAAGUUCUACAUAAUCAGCGGAGGCAACGUCAGGAUCACGAAGGACACCCAACACGACGGCGAAGAGGAACUGGUGGUCCUUACCAGGGGCCAAUAUUUUGGAGAGAAGGCUCUGUACGACGACGAGGGUGAAAAUCGUCGACACGCCAACGCUAUCGCGCUCGCGCCUGGAGUCGAAUGCUUGACCUUAGACAGAACGUCCUUCUUCAACUACUUGGGAGGUCUCGACGAGAUACGCAACAAAGACUGGGUGGCGGAGUACGAGAAGCAGAAGAGAUCGUUGACACCGAGAAAAUGGACCAACGAGUACUCGAAAAUCACUCUGAACGAUUUAGAGACCAGAGGCACCUUGGGGGUCGGUGGAUUCGGUCGCGUCGAGUUGGUCACCCUGCAAUCGGAUCCCAACAAGAGUUUCGCGUUGAAGAAACUGAAGAAGAGGGUGAUGGUCGAGCAACAACAACAGGAACACGUGUUGAACGAGAAGCACAUCAUGCAAGCCUGUGAUUCUCCAUUCGUAUGCAAGCUCUAUCAAACGUUCAAGGACACUAAAUACGUGUAUUUCCUGAUGGAGGUGUGCCUUGGCGGAGACUUGUGGACGUCCCUUCAGAGGAGACGAUAUUUCGACGACGGCACCGCACAAUUUAUGGUCGGUUGCGUGGUGGAAGCUCUCGAUCAUCUUCACUCGAUGAACAUCAUCUACAGAGAUUUGAAACCAGAGAACCUUAUGCUCGACACUCGCGGAUACUUGAAGCUGGUUGACUUCGGUUUUAGUAAGAAGGUCGGACCCCAAAAAACGUGGACCUUCGCUGGCACGCCGGAAUACGUGGCACCGGAGAUUAUUUUGAACAAGGGACACGACAGGGCGGUGGACUAUUGGGCCCUUGGGAUCUUGACUCACGAGCUACUGGUUGGCAAACCACCCUUUCGAGGCUCCGACCACAUGACCACUUACAACAAAAUCCUGAAGGGUAUCGAGGUGGUCGGGUUACCGAGUAUCGUCAGCAGGAACGCGAACAACUUGAUCAAGAAACUUCUUCGUCUGAAUCCCUCGGAACGUCUCGGGUACCAAAGAAACGGCAUCCAAGAUAUUCGAGAGCACAAGUGGUUCCACUCUUUCAACUGGCAGUCCUUGCAGAGACUAGCUCUGCCAGCACCGAUUGUUCCAACGGUACGGAACCAAACCGACACGCGAAACUUCGAAAGGUAUCCACCGGAUCGCAAUAUUCCGCCUGACGAAUUCUCCGGAUGGGACUCGAGCUUCUGAUGGGGAAAAAAAAUUUACCCGAUAACAUCAGGUGUACGUGCCUUAUCCGUCGAAAGAACGAUAAGAGUGAACAAAUCGUGGAAGUGCAGUGAAAAGGAUUCUUUCAAUGACAAUCGUUAAAUACAAGUCUACCGAUAAUAGGAUUAUUGCUACCUUGACCAGAUUUAGUUAUCAUCGACGAGUAUAUCAAAAAACUUUUAACUGACCUAUUACGUGCUGAUUAAAUUAUAAUUGCCACUUAGGAUCGGUUUGUGUCACGAAUUUGAUAAAAGAUGCUUAAUAGUAUUUGCUAUUGGUCAUUCUGCCAUGAAAAAAUCGAAUGUUGUUUCAUGAAUAUUCUCUGUCUCAUCAAAUUCGUUAUACAGGAUGUUCGGCCAUCCCUGGGAUAAAUUUUAAUGAGAGAUUCUAGAGGCCCAAAUAAGACAAAAAUCAAGAAUAAUUUGUUAAUUGAGGAUUCAUGAAAAAGUUAUUAACGAA